AUGUCUUAUAAAUGUCAGGGAGCUCAAUCUUUGAAAGCAUCAAACCAAAAAUAUAUUAUAAGAGAUGCAAGAGGGGCAAGAGGUGCAGUACAUGCAAGAGGCUUAAGAAGAAAUAAACAUGUUGAAGAAUGUUAUCAACCUUCUUCAACUCAACAAUCUACCACUUAA